AGUUAUUUUCUUGUAGGUUUUGGUGUACUAAGUUAUGAAGUACCUACUUUAUUAAUCUAUAAGUUAUCUCAUUAUUCAUUAAUUUCUGAGAAUAAAAAACUGGUUUCCAACAAAUUUAACCAACAGAUUAAUUAAAGCAUUUAUUUAUAUGGGAAAUAUUAUAAUAACUUUACAAUCACUUUUGAUUCUAGGGUUGGCUGGACAGAAAAACUGUCUUGCAGGAGAAGUUCAGCCAUCAAGUAACUGCAGAGAGAAAAAGAAAGGCAUGGGAAGAAAUAACUUGUGCUAUCAAUGCUGUUUCUCCUGUAGCAAGAGAGAGAGGAAGUGAAGAAAAAAUUUAUUGACUUCAAGUCAUCAGUAAAGAGGAAGCAUGCUGCUCUCAAGUGUCAACAGGAAAAAAACUGGUGGCGGAGUGCCUGAUGUAAAACCCCUGACCAGUGUUGAAGAGGCAAUGCUUCCGUUAAUAAAAGAUGUCCAAGUAUCUGGUGUUCCUGGAUUUCGUGACCCUCAUCCUGCCAGUGAUGAUGAAGAGGACUUGGCAGCAGGUGACAUAGAUGUUACACUACCAUCAAGGCCAGCCUCACCAAGACCCAGUGGCACCCAAAACCUCCAAAUCUCAUCACCUCCAGAGCCUCUGUCACCAGACACUGACACAGAGGGAGUAGUGGAGAUAGCAUCUGAACCUGCUCCACCACAAGCUGAUGAUCAUCAAUACAGCCAACCUCCUCAGGCUGGUAGAAAUCAGAGAGGCUCAUCACGUCGUGAGGGUACACUGGCUCCAGAAAUGCUUCAAGUUCACGAGGACAUAAGAAACUCCUUGUCUGAUUUGACUGAAUGCAUUACUACAUAUUUGCCAGGAAUAGCAACAUCUUUGAAUGAAUUGGCAUCUCGCAGACUUGUUUAGGAACAUUUCAAAAUGUCCUACAAAAUAUUCUUAUGUUAUUUUGCAUUCCAGUGUCAUUUCUUUUCUGAAUUUGCUCAUUACCAAUUUCUUUUUAUUUAAGGAAUACUCUUAUUAUUUUCCACAGUAUUAUUUUUCUAUUUUGCUUGAUAUAUAGGUAGUUAUUUAUUUUUAAAUUUAAGGAGUUUAUAACCUGUUUUCACAGUGCCAUUUAUUUUCUUAUUUUGUACAAUGACAUAUUUAUUUAUUUUUACGGAGUAGCCUAUUUAUUAAUGAUGAAUUCUUUUUGCACUAAAAGUUUGAAUGUAAUGCAGACUUAGCCUCCAAAUACCAUUUAUUAAUUAUGAAAUAAUUUUAGUGUACAUUUGCAUUUCCUCAAACAUUUCAGUUAAUAUUUUGACAAAGAUGUAAAUUUAUUUUGAAGGUGAACAAUUACCUAUUGUUUAUAAUAUUUAGUAGCUUUUCUUAAAUACUGCUUCAGUUUUUGUCCUAGUGGUGUAUUUAGCUCACCAUUACCUUUCCUGUAGUAUUCCUUGUGUCUUAUAUGAAUGUGUAAAUAUUUAUAUUCCCAUGUAGUAACUCCAGGAUUGGAACCCGCACAAUGUGUGUGUGUGUAUAUACACACAUUGUGUGGGUUCCAGUCGUCGAGUCACUGUAUGGAAAUAUAAAUAUUUACACAUUCAUAUAAGACACAAGGAAUACUACAGGAAAGGUAAUGGUGAGCUGAAUACACCACUAGGACAAGAAACUGAAGCAGUAUUUAAGAAAAGCUACUAAAUAUAUGGCCAAUAUGUUGCUGCAAGAAUGGGUUAGAGUGGUGACUCAAGUACAAGUAACAUUAGUUGAAUAUUGCAGUGGGUCAAGAAAUCAGGUAAACAUUUUUGUAACUGGCUGUGCAUUACAAUUUGUGUAAUUAGUCUAUCUGAUAGUACAUACCAAAUUAAAAAUGUGAUAUCAUAGUUACCUAUUAUGAUACAUGCCAAAUGAAUAAUGUGAUAUUAUACAGUUAGUUAUAAUGCAGAACCUAUUUUUUUUUACUUUUGUACUUACAAAAUUAAUCAUAUAUGCAGUGUAAACUGCAAUAAACAACCUAUCAUGUAUAUUCUUAACAUUACCUUAUUUGUAGAAGGUAUCCUAUGUCCCAAGAAUGAUGAACAUCGUAAGCACCAUCAACAGUGGAACAACCAGCACAGCUCAACACAUUAAAACUAACUAUUGAUAGAAA